GGCAGUUUCUGAAUAGCAGACAGUAUUCAACACAGUCACUGACACGCACGCAUACUAAAAAACGUUCCUUUGUGAUUCUAAGUGUUGAGGAAAGCUGUUGAAGAACCACCAGAGAGGAGAAUGCCUGCCGCCGGCCUGGAGCUACUGGGGGUAACGUUGGCGGUGCUUGGGUGGGUGGUCAGCAUCGUGGCCUGUGCCCUGCCCAUGUGGAGGGUGACGGCUUUCAUCGGGGUCAACAUCGUGACAGCGCAGGUCAUAUGGGAAGGCAUCUGGAUGAGCUGUGUGGUCCAGAGCACGGGGCAGAUGCAGUGCAAGGUGUACGACUCCAUGCUGGCCCUGCCCCAGGACCUGCAGGCCGCCCGCGCUCUGGAGGUCAUCGCUAUAAUCAUGGGGAUCCUGGCCCUGCUGGUCGCCAUCGUGGGGGCCAAGUGCACCAACUGCGUGGAGGACGAGACCACCAAGGCCAAGGUGAUGAUCGCAGCAGGGGUUAGCUUCAUCGUCGCCGCAGUGAUGCAGCUCAUUCCAGUCUGCUGGUCCGCUCACACCAUCAUCAUGGAGUUCUACAACCCCCUGGUCAUCGAUGCGCAGAAGAGGGAGAUCGGUGCCUCCCUGUACCUAGGCUGGGCUGCAGCUGCCCUCCUGCUCAUCGGAGGGAGCAUCCUGUGCUGUAGCUGCCCUCCCCAGACUGAGAUGAAGUACGCGCCCCCGAGCCGGAUGGCCUACUCCGCCAACAGGUCUGUUGCUCCUAGCACUUACGACAGGAAGGACUAUGUCUGAAAUGCAUUUUUUUAACUAGUCAUUUUUUUAUUGUUAAUAUUAUUAUUAUUAUUUGGUUUGGUGUGCUUUUUUUCUGCAAUUCUUAUUAUUACAUUUUCCGGAUAUGGACCUGAAGAAAAUGGAGGGCACCACCUACAUAGGAGAAAAAGCGGAAGUAUAGAGUAAAAAUUCAGAAUCAAGUUUACUCUGCUACACGUUGUCAAAAUAGUCUUUCUCUUCAGUUAUAAUGCCAUGUGGAUAUUUAUUGGAUGCUUAGCUUAAUUUUUCCUAUCUUAGCCAUGAUAUGUAUAAUCAAAAGGCAUUUUUGUUUUCAAAAGUGCAAAAUUACAAAGUAUAUAUGUAAUAUAUAUCAAACUGUGCUGGUUCUGAGAGAUUAUUGUUAUUUUUGUAUCAGGCUGUAUGUAAAUGUUUUAGGGUAGUCGAUACUUUCAUAUAUUUUACUUUGCCAUAUGGAACAUUUCAGAAACCAUUUUCACGGAUAAUGUUGACAACACUUUUUUUUGUUGAUUUGUUAAGCCUGAAUAUUGUAGUAAACUGUGACAGAAAAAGUGUAUAUAUUAAAGCUUUUUUUACUUUCUGUAA